UCACACCAGAUCUCUGAACUGGUUUACAGGGACCGAAAAUGUAUAAAAAUGGGUAAUAUGGUCAUAAUUCUGAGAAAAAUUGAUUUGAAAAUACCGGGACAUUUUCUAAAACCCAGACCCGGGUACUUAUUUUCAUUUAAAUAGCGGAAAAAAUUUAAUGUUAAUUUCUAUUUUGGUUACAUUGGAAAGAAAAAUUAAUCUUUUCUUUGUUGAUGAACUCAUUGAAUAUUGCAACAGGGAAAAUUUGGUGAAAUCGACGAAGAAAAAGAAUGAUCUUUCUGUACAAAAAAGUCCGCAUAAAAUGUCCGCAAAAACUGGUUUGGGAUAACUCACAAGUACCCAUAUUACAAUAAAUAUAAAUCGCUGACAAUGUUCUCUUCCUCGUCUUCAACAAAGCUCAAAUAAAUUGUAAUAACCUCAUCUGGUGGACCAGUAACCGCAAAUUGUUCCGGAUCGGCAUUCCAAAAAGAGAAUUCUACAGUUGGAUUGAUUUGAUCGAAUAAUUCAUCAUCAUAUUGAUGUAUUCCAAGCCAAAAAGCAGUAAAGCCACCACAAUCAACCAUCAUAAUAUACUUUUCCAAGGCUAUUGAUGUGAAAAAUGCCAGUUUAAUUUUCAUAAGCGUUGUUGGGGUCAAGUUCCAGCUUUGUGCGAGCCAGAAAAUAUUUCUUGUG